CCAAUCCAAAUGUGUAACCUCUAAAUUUUAUGGUAGGGCACGCUCUUUCGAAUUUCGUUGUAGGAUCUUGCUGAAAACUCUGUCUUUCUUGCUCCUAUUUGCUGCAUCAUUGCUAACUGUUUGAAAACUCUGGUGGUUGUGUUCUAGGGUUCGCUUGAUUUUCUGAAAUUGCUGUAGGGCAAGCGGGGGUUGCCUAUACACUAGAAGUGUUUUGAAUUUUUUGACUGUAUAAGAAGUGUUCAUUGUUUUGCUCUGAAUGUAAUAUGGGUUGUUGCUGAUUUAAUCUGUUAUAUGAGGAGAAUGCUUCAAUUUUAUGUCUUGAUUAGGUUACUUAUUUAUUUGCAGUAAAUAAGCAGCAUUACGUACUCUAGUUUUUCUAGCUAUUUAUGAGUGCAGUGUUGUGAAUUUGACAUAAAAUUCUGAAGAAUAUUUUGCUUCUUGGCUGUAGUUCAGUUUGGAGUCAUAGUGAAUGAUCUAGGAUGGCUCAUUCGUCUUCCUAUUCUAAGUUUAUGAUAAAUUGUGAAAACAGGUGAGAAAGAAUAGAUCGAGUAGUGGGUAACUCAACAAAAUAUGUUUUAGCCAAAGAGAAACCUUUUCCUAGUUACUUUCUUCUGGCUUUUAUUUCAAACUAAUUGUCAUGCAAGCAAACGCUUCAAAUUUUCAUUUUCAUACUAAUAUUAAUCUGCUGUAGCUUCAGGUGAGUUCAGUUUUUCUGCAUGUAUGCUUGUAAAAUAUGCCUGAACUUGUGCAGAAGACUGGGCAGCUUGAAACCUGUGUGUUUGGAAACUAGGCUAGAAGUCUGAGAAGCAUAGCCAUUUUAGUGUACCGUAGAAAAGGAAAAAAUACAACCGUUUCAAAUCCUGGGAUUUAGUUUCAUAAGGGUAGCUUACAGUUGAGUUGCAACCAGGUUUGAUGACAAUGCUGUCUUCACGGCGUUGAUUUCUGGGUUUCGUUAAUUAGUUGUAUUGGAUAAGAUUUAGUUAACGGUCCCUUUCUGCACCCUGCUUUCCUGACACCAAUGCAACCAUCGUGAGCUAAUAUUUGCUGUAAUUUCCUUGUUGCUCACAUUAAAACCCCAUGUUAUACUGAAAUUCACUUAUAAUACUGUUUAUCAGAAUUUUCUUAUCACACAAGAGACCUAAUGACUGCAGUGUCAAUGUAUGAUCGUAUUGCUAAUAUUUUUGCAAGACUAAAGAGUAGCUUUCAUAGUUUUCAUGCUGGGCGGCCUGCCUGAAUCAGUUUGUUUGGGGAUUCGGAGAGGGAAAGUAGCAUUCAUUUGUCUGCAGUUGGUACGGUACAUCUUUCGUUUAAUUCUAUGAUGCCGAUCCUCGCAAAUAAUUGCUCUACAUUUCCAUUCUUACUGGUGGUAACUGGUUCAAUCUCACUCUGAUGCAAACAGGACGUACAUAUACUUGGAGAACUGAGUUCGAUGCUAAGGCUAGGAGAGAAUUUGACAAAAAAGCUGGGGACCGACUUAGGGGCACAUUGAACCAAGUUUACAAAAUGCCUCUCCAUAAGGAAGUUAGUUUCAUGACUGACACUGUUUGAGCUGAAUUCAUAAAUAAGCGUAAGCAUCCUGAUUUUCUGAAACGUUCUAACCAAGCAAGAGAUAAUCGGUUAUCUGGCCAAACAUUAGAGAAGUUUGACCCUGGCCAUCGCCAAGGUAGCGUAUCUACUCCUCAAGUGGUUAAAAAAAUGGCAAAGAAAAAGGAUGGAAUUUUACCAACUACUGCUGAAGUAUAUGAGAGCACUCAUUCUGUUUGUGUGGGCAAUGAUGAAGUUGAAUUGAUGGGUGACAAGUCUCAAAAAGUCAUGGGAGAAUAUAUGGAAAAACUUGAGGAAUAUAAGAACAAAGGAAUUGAGAUAAACCCCGACAAAGUCUACUUGGAGGUUGUAGGUGGGCAAAAGAAAGGAAAAGUCUACGGUUUAGGGAGUGCUUCACAAAUGUAUUACAAGAGUGAUCCUACUUCUCAAUCUACUUCAUCAUCUUCCACUCCUUCCAUGAUUUCUCAAUUAAGUUCUCAAGUUGAAGAGCUAAAGAAGAUGGCGGAAGAAAACCAUAACAAGGUAGAGAAAGCUAAAAAAUAGCGGCAAAGAGCUUGAAAUGUGCUAAGUAAUUCAUCGAAAAUCAUGAGAUCGAAAAAGCUACAUGCAAGAAGGAAAAAUUAGCUAUGCAAAAAACAUUGCAGGAAAUGGCAUCACUUGUAAAACAAGUUUACCGUCCUUAUAAGCCUCCUACGCCUGCAGUCACCCGCUCUCGUGAUACAACUAAGUGAUUUUUAUUUUCUUGGUGGUAAUUUUAUGAACAACUGGUCUUUUACAUUGUCAUUAAUUCUUGUUUGAAGUAGCUUUUUUUUAUAUGGGAGGUGACUUUUGGAACAAUUAGUCUUAUAAGUUAAAUAUUGUUUUUUAAUACAUUGAUACAAAAUUGAUUGAUAUUUUGGAUAUUUGAAUAAAAUUAACAUUUUGGUUAUUUGAAUUUA